ACAUUAGGGGCACGUGUGGGGGAGUUGCAACUGCAAUUGUCCUAAUUCCUCAACGAGAAACGGGCGAAAAUAUUUCAAUCUGUGUCCCUAGUUGGGGCAAAAAUCUUCUCUUCUCGACUGAGUCAAGAAAAAACCCAACUCGUUCUUUCAUUUCCAAACAUGGUAUCCGAAUCGGAACUCAUCGACCGCCUCCGUGAGUUCCUCCGUAACUCCGACCUCAACACCACCACUACCUCCACCGUCCGCCGUCAGUUAGAAUCCGAUUUCGGUAUCGAUUUAUCUGAUAGGAAGUCUUUCAUUCGAGAACAGGUCGACUUGUUCCUUCAAACCGUUCAACAAGACGAUGAACCACAAAACGACGCCGUAGAAGAAGAAGAUGCUGAUGAUAAACCAGAACAAAGCCAAGAAGGUUCCGAGGAAGAAGAUGAUAAUAAUGAGGAAGAAGAAACACCGAAGCGUACCAGAGGUAGUGUGAAGAAGACGAAGAACAAGAAGAAAGAACGAUCUAACAAGUCAGGUGAUGAGGUAGUAAAGAAAAAAGGUGGCGGCGGUUUUUGCAAAAUAUGUAGCCUGUCUCCGCAACUUCAGGAAUUCGUUGGAGCACCAGAGAUGGCCAGGACUGAGGUUGUUAAGCAAUUGUGGGCCUAUAUUAGGGAGAAAGAUUUGCAAGACCCAAACAAUAGGAGAAAUAUCAUUUGCGAUGAACCGCUGCGUGCCCUUUUUGGUGUUGACACCAUCAAUAUGUUCCAAAUGAAUAAAGUAUUGGCAAAGCAUAUCUGGCCAUUGGAUUCAGAUGAUGUUAUCCAGGUGAAGUCGGCACCAAAGGAAAAGCCGGCACCAAAGGAAAAGCCUGCACGAAAGGAAAAGAAGAAGAAACAAGAGAGAGAAGAUGAUGAUUUAGAUGAGCCGAAAGGAAAGGAAAAACGGCAGAAAGUAGGAUCAGGAAAAGGUUUUCUUGCUCCACUUCAGCUAUCUGAUGCCCUUGCGAAGUUCCUUGGAGAAAGUGAAUUAUCAAGAUCUGAUGUCAUUAAAAGAAUGUGGGAUUAUAUAAAAGGAAACAACCUUCAGGAUCCUUCUGACAAGAGGCAAAUAUUAUGCGAUGAAAAGUUGAAAGAACUCUUUGAUGUUGACUCCUUCGUUGGCUUUACCGUCACAAAACUGCUGGCACCUCAUUUCAUAAAGGCAGAGCAGUGAGUUGCUUGCACAUUGUUAAGCGGCUGUGCAUGGGAAGUUCAGCUAAUUUUGUUUAUUUAUCAAAAUAGUUUUGGAAGGCAUCCGUUUAUAUAUCUUUUCAGCAUGGUCUGCAAACAGGAGGAAUAGGAAUUAGUGUAAUGACAGAUUUUCAGUGAAGUUUUAUCAAAGAAUUUAACCUUACUUGACCGUUAUCGUUUUUAACAUGCUUUGCCACUUGGUACUGGAAAAUUUUGUAGUAUAUUUUUAGUUCCUGAAGAUGCAAGGAUAAUGUUAACUCCAUUUUCUACUAACGAUUCAUUGAUAACGUUGAUAUUAAUACAUGAGGAAACGAGUAAGCAUCA